AUGUCCCUCGCCGACCACGUCGCAGCUUUGAGAUCCUCCCUCUCCAGCGCCAACCUAGUCCCGGGCCCCGCGUCGGCGCUGAUCCCGGCGGACUUUGCGCCGACCACGCCGCUGGCCGUCUCGUUCGGCGACAAGGCGGUCACCUUAGGGACCUUCUUCCGCGCCGGGGAGUGUAAGCAGGCCCCACGGAUAUCGUUCUUGCCCGAGGAAGCAGAAAAGGCUGCUUCUUCGGCUUCGUACCUGUUCAUGUUGACGGAUCCAGACGCGCCAACCCCGGAUGAUCCCAAGUUCGCUUUUUGGAGACAUUAUGUUGUGGGUGGGUUGAAGCCGGAGGGGAAGGGUGGUGAGGCGAAGACGUUGACGGAGUAUCUUGGGCCGGGGCCGAAGGAUGAUUCCAAGCCUCACCGGUACCUCUUCCUCCUAUAUCGGGAGCCGGCAGGAUUAUCCCUAGCGAAAGAAGAUGUCGGCGGCGAGGAGUUCGUCCAGCGCCGCUUCUUCAAGCCUGCCGAGUUUGCCGAGAAGCACGGGUUAAAACUCGUUGGCGUUAACUGGAUGACUUGUGCCGGGGACGGCUGGGUUGCGUGA